GGGAGCGCCCGGGCCCAGCAGCGCAGCCCAGCGCAGCGCACCGAGGCUGCCCGCGCCGGCUGCGGCUGCAGCGUCCGCGGGGGGCGGCGCGGCGGGAGGGAGGCAGGUGGGUGGCGAUCGGCCCCGGGGGGCCUCGCAGCCUCAGCCCCGGGCCCAGCCGGCCCGGCCCGUCCGCGGCGCCGCCUGGCCGAGCCCGCCUGAGCGCCUAGCGCGAGCGACGACGUGGAAGACUCCCAGCUGCCCUAGCUCUACAGUCCCUGUUUCUUUGGACAAUGGAUGAACAAUCCCAAGGAAUGCAAGGCCCACCUGUUCCACAGUUCCAGCCACCGAAGGCCUUACGACCGGAUAUGGGCUAUAAUACACUAGCCAACUUUCGAAUAGAAAAGAAAAUUGGUCGCGGGCAAUUUAGUGAAGUUUAUAGAGCAGCCUGUCUCUUGGAUGGAGUACCAGUAGCUUUAAAAAAAGUGCAGAUAUUUGAUUUAAUGGAUGCCAAAGCACGUGCUGAUUGUAUCAAAGAAAUUGAUCUUCUUAAGCAACUGAACCAUCCAAAUGUAAUUAAAUAUUAUGCAUCAUUUAUUGAAGAUAAUGAACUAAACAUAGUUUUGGAAUUAGCAGAUGCUGGUGAUCUAUCCAGAAUGAUAAAGCAUUUUAAGAAACAAAAGAGGCUAAUUCCCGAGAGAACUGUCUGGAAGUACUUUGUUCAGCUUUGCAGUGCAUUGGAACACAUGCAUUCUCGACGCGUCAUGCAUAGAGAUAUAAAACCAGCAAAUGUGUUCAUCACAGCCACAGGGGUAGUCAAACUUGGAGAUCUUGGGCUUGGCCGGUUUUUCAGCUCCAAAACUACUGCAGCACAUUCUCUAGUGGGCACACCUUAUUACAUGUCCCCAGAGAGAAUACAUGAAAAUGGAUACAACUUCAAAUCUGACAUCUGGUCUCUUGGCUGUCUACUGUAUGAGAUGGCUGCGCUGCAGAGUCCCUUCUAUGGGGACAAAAUGAAUUUGUACUCACUGUGUAAGAAGAUAGAACAGUGUGACUACCCUCCUCUUCCUUCAGAUCACUAUUCAGAGGAACUACGACAGUUAGUGAAUACGUGCAUUAACCCAGACCCUGAGAAGCGACCAGAUAUUACCUACGUCUACGACGUGGCCAAGAGGAUGCACGCGUAUACUGCAAGCAGCUAGACAUUGGACGGUUGUGAAGAAUAGAACCAAAAGAAUUUAAAGUAUUUUUGUGCAAAUCAUACCUCCCUGUGUUUUUGUCUGGGUGUUAACAUUAAUAUUUCAGAGCUAAUGUGCUUUGAAUCCUUAACCAGUUUUCACUUAAGUUUCAUUUUGUACCAGUUUAAGGCACUAGAUGAAUUAGGGAUAAUCAAUCGCAUGUUAGAGGUAGAAGUGAAAUUGGAUGGAUUUUUAUAUCCAAAGGUUUUUAGGAUUAUUUAGAGUUGUGUUCAGAUUGACUCUGCCAAAUAUUGAUGGUGGCAGCGCAGCACUCACCAGAAGUUUACUCAGUACCUGAGGGAAAGUGUCUGAACAUGGGACGUUUUUGCUUUUUUAAUCAUUUAUGGACAUUUUAGAGGAAUACAGUUGUGAACUUUUGGUGAUUAUUUUACAAUUUUGAAGUAUGUGUUUUAGUUCUUAGAAGCCUUUGUAACUUUCAAAUAUUCAUCAGAUCCAUGUAGAUAUUUGAGUCCACAUUGAGUUGGUAUUCUUAAUUCUUCAAGAUACCUUUAGACUUCUUUGCUUAUACUUUCAAAACACAGUUAUUAAUGUGAAAAGAUUUGGGGACAAAAUGUGAGUCAGACACUGAAGAGUUUUUUGUUUCAUUUUGUUUUUGCUUUAGUUUUUUUUUUUAAUAUCUUUAACAGCCUCUGUAUUGAAAUGGUAGAAAUGAAUUCAUUCAAAAAGUGGUUAAGGAUUUGUUUGGCUGGUUUGAUAGUAAUUUUAAAACUUGCACAUUAUAUAUGGCUUUUAUUGUGUUUAUAUUGUUUGUACAUUUGAAAAAUACUAUUUGAAUAAUCUUGCAGUACUAUAUUUCAAUCUCUUUGCAAAUUUAGAUGCUAUACUCAUAAUUGUGUGCUCUAAUAUAAGCAUAUGUUUCUAUUCAGAGAUUUCAUUGAAGUACAGAUUGGUUCCCUUCAGAAAUUUUGUAUAAUCUUCAGUUAUUUUCUUAUUUAUAUUGUAUGUGAUUUUUAUUGAUUGUAUCAGAUUUUCUGAGAAUAUAACAUCCAUUUAAAGACACUUAAUAUACUGACACUUUCCUUGAAUUGAAAAUUUUAUUUGCAAAUGCUUAAAAAUUGGGCCCAUCCUGUAUGCAUGUAUUUUGUCUUGUUUGAGAGGAAGAAAGGAUGUGUGUUAUACUGUACCUGUGAAUGUUGAUACUGUUCUAUUCAUUUGACAAGAUUAAAAUUUCAAAUGAAAUGAAACCUGGUGUUUCACCACAGCCAGAAUUAUUAAAAGAUAAAUAUUUCUUCAAGAAAGAAAUAUUCUUAAGCUUAAAAGCUUAAUAAGCUUUUAAACAAAAUACUAUUUUUAUGAAUGAAGAUGGCAGAGAUGGUAAGUUUCAUUCAGUUUUAGAAGAUAGGCAGAGAUUAUUCAUUACUGUUGUGUAAAUAGGUUUUUCUUGAAUGCCUUCCUAUUAGUGGUAACCAGUUUCACAGAAAUCUGUAAAGCUAAAUGGCCAUUGGUGGUCACCACUCGAGACCUGCCUACUUUCUACCCUUAAAAUCCAUAGUCCUGACAAUGGGAAACUUACCUUGAACUGAUACAGCAUUUGGUUCAUUUU